AUGGGCCAGCUAUGGGAGCGUGCUUCAUCCAUCCAGCAACUACAGAUUCUGAGAAGUCUCAUAGGGGACUCGUCCACCAGUGUAACUUCAGUGACAAUGAGACUGAUUAGUCAUGGCACCUCUCAUCAGGGUUCACAUACUUCGGAGUAUGUCAUCAAUCCAGGAACUGUGGAUGCUGAAAAGUCGCAUCGGCAACACCGUCAUCGCUGCAACAUUUGUGGCUACACGACCGAUAAAUCGUCUUGCAUUAAACAGCAUGCAGUGGUUCAUACAGGCGAGCGGCCUCAUCAGUGCCACUUGUGCUCGAUCAGCUUCAAUCAUAAGUCCACAUUGAAUAAACAUCUUCGCACCCACACCGGCGAGCGGCCAUAUAAAUGCCACUUGUGCCCUCAAAGCUUCUCUCAAAAAUACUGCUUGGAUGUUCACCUGAGAAUCCACACGGGUGAGCGGCCACAUAAAUGCCCUACAUGCGCGCAAGAAUUCUCGCAAAAGCACAAACUAAAGCAGCAUAUGCGGAUCCACACAGGCGAGAGGCCGUACAAAUGCCAUGUGUGCUGCCGAUGCUUCGCUCAACGAUCCCAAUUGAAUGUUCACCUGCGUGUCCACACGGGCGAGCGGCCGCAUAAGUGCCCGUCAUGCGCCCGGACAUACAAGCAGAGUUGCCACCUCAGAAGGCACCUGCGUCAGCAUGAAUGCCAGUACCAGGACCGAGGUGGGCUACUUUACCUGUCAGACCAGUUGCUGUUUGCCGUUGACGUGCUGAGGGAAUUUGCGAAUCGUGCUCUGAAGGACAAUCCGACUCUAAAAAAGCCAUUGUCUACCCUGGUUAAGUAUGCUGUGCCAGCACUGUGUGCUUCAAACCUGCUCAAGUGCAAGGAGAUGGAUGACAGUCACAGAGCUAAGCUCAUGAAGCUGAUAUCUACUGAUAAUUCAUCCCACAUGAAAGAUCACAUCAGGGUUCAUACAGGCGAGCGGCCAUAUCACUGCAAUUUGUGCCCGUGUACCUUCAAACAAAGGUCCGCAUUGGACGAACACCUGCGCACCCACUCAGAUGAACGGCCAUAUCAGUGCCCUUCGUGCCUCCAGUCGUUUAGGCAUAAGAUGCGCCUAAAAAGGCACCUCGUUCAGCAUGAGCGAUAAUGACCGCAUCAGUGAAGUUUGUGCUUCAAUAAAACUCUCUGCUGGGUGA